AAAAAAAAAAAAAAAAAAAAAUAGGGGGUGAACACUGCACACGGAAUUAGUGUAGUGUUGGCGAGAAAUACUGUAGCCUACUUUAAUAUUUACUGAAAAGGGAAGGCACGGCACAAGCACAUAUGGCAAUGGGUACUAAUGAAGCUCCACAGCCAUUAGUCCUCAAUGUGGAUGUUUAAUGAAAAUCAAUCAUUUAAAAUGUUUCACUCAAAGACGACCCUUGAAGAAUUGUCACCAGAAGACCAAGAAGAGCUUAGAAACUUAGAAAAGGAACUGGAACAGUUGAAGACACAAUUUGAAAAAGCAGAUACAGUAAAGUCUAGACUGCUGCUAGACAAACUAGACGUAGAAGAACACAAGAAGCAAGCUCAGGAUGAGAUGAUGAAGCUUCUACAAGAGGAGAAGGAGUUUUCAAAAGAGCUGGAAAAUCAGAAAAAAAGAUUUGAGCAAGAGGCUCUGGCAAUUGAGGAAACAAACCACCAACUGAGACAUCAAGUCAAUAAACAAAAAGAAAGGCUUAAAUUCAAGAGAUCAGAAAGUGAAUCCUUGCAGCAAAAGUUUAAGAUCAUAACAGCGAUUCCAGAGAAGGCGGUUAAGUUUAUUGGAGUGGAAAAGGAGAUUCCUGAUCACAAGCUGGAGGAGGACUGUCUUCACAUGCAGGGCCUGUUCUCCAUCAUUCAGAACCCUGCUCUCGCCCUCAGUGGAGGCCACGCUCUGAUCACCUUUGAGGAAGAACAAGUUGCUGAAAGGAUCUUAAAACUUGCUAGUUGUCCAGUGACCAUAGACAAUGCGAAGAUGAACGUGAAGCCUUCCCGUGUGGCGUUAGACCCAACAGCGAAAUUUGAGGUGCAGCUCAAUGUGUCUCUGAAGAAGAUUGAAGUGUCCAAUAUUCCUCCUGUUCUACCGGAAGAAAGGAUCAGAGACAAACUGGAGCUGAGCUUCUCGAAGCCAAGCUUGGGAGGGGGGGAGGUGGAAAAUGUCGACUACAACAAGGAUUCUGGAACAGCAGUAAUUACAUUUCUGGAUACUGGAGUUGCUGAGCGUGUGGCUAUGAGGAAAACAUACCCCUUAGAUAUGGGACUCAAAGUUUUUGAAGUUUUUGUCAGUCUGUGCACUGAACACCAGAUAACAAAGUUCCAGACAUUCUGCGGCACCUCCAGACGCACAGUCCUGCUGUCUGGUAUCAGGGAUAUUCUCGAUGAGGAGGACUUGCAGGACAAUCUGGAGAUCCACUUCCAGAAACCGAACAACUAUGGGGGAGAGGUGGAGAAUAUCAAAUACACCGCCCAAGGACAAACCAUUGUGGCUUACUUUAAUGAAGAAACUGUAGCCAGUGAAUAAUAUUCAAGGAUUGGGGGAUAUGUCUGUGUGUUUCUCUUGCAUUAGGUGACGUUGAUUUUCUUAUUUAGUUUCUAAAUUGAGAUCGGUAUUUUAUUGUAAUCCUUCAUGUAUCUGUCACAUUCAAGAAAUGUAAUGGUGGUGGUACUGGGUUAUGGAUCUAAUGCAAAAAAAUGAGUGUCAACUGAAAUAUAUCCAAAUAUGUUUUAUUUAGUUUUAAUUUUUUUUAGGAUAGAUGAAGUACAGUAUUAUAAAUGUGAAACUAGAGGAGACUAUUCGUCCCAUCAUUGCUCCUCCAUGUUCUUUUAGCUGACUGAUCUCAAAACAAUGUCAAGCCGGAUCUUAAAGGAUCCCAGUGAUUCAGCAUCAACAACACCUUAACGUGCCUGUAGCCAGAGUGUGAGAGAGCAGUUGAGAUGGGUGACUGGGCAUUUGCUUUGUAGACAUUAAACUAAUCUCUGGCUGGUCCCUCAAAAGACUUUCUUUCAAACUGUUUGAGGAUAGGAUAGGGUCCUGUAUAAGUGUAUUAACAAUCAUGAUGAUCUAUACUGGGCAAUACAAAUAAAGUAAUCUUAUGUAUUGUAAUGUUUACAUUUAUGUUAUGAAUAUCAUAAUAAAGAACA